ACACGCCUCCUACCAAAAUCACAGCCCCGUGGAGCCGGUCACUCAUUCACAGCUUUCUAGAGAAAUCUGAGCCCGAACCUGCCAGAAUAGGAGAUUUCACCCACUCAGCUCAGCAGCGAGGACACCUGCAGAAACACAUUCCGAAAGCAAGGCUGGGCGGCCGUGUGAAGUGAGCGGUGGCCUCGGCUUUGCUUCUCUUUUGGAUGGCUACCACCACAUAGGACCUGAAUGUCCUACUGCUUCCCGGGAACAGAAAGAAGACCCUCUGUUUGUCUGUUUCAGUGGCUGCUUGGUAGUAAAAAACUGUUGAAUGGGCCCCGAUUUCAGCAGACCAUCACGUGAAUGGGACCAGUCCUUCUUUUUCCCAAAUAUCAGAAAUUAAGCACUUGGAAGGGAGAUUUGGCCAAGAUGACCCAUUUACAGGCUGGACUCAGUCCAGAGACUAUAGAGAAAGCUCGCCUGGAACUGAAUGAAAACCCAGAUGUUUUACAUCAGGAUAUUCAGCAAGUCAGGGACAUGAUCAUUACCAGGCCUGACAUUGGAUUUUUACGUACAGAUGAUGCCUUCAUCCUGAGAUUUCUCCGAGCCAGGAAGUUUCACCAAGCAGAUGCCUUUAGACUCCUGGCCCAGUACUUCCAGUACCGCCAGCUCAACCUGGACAUGUUCAAAAACUUCAAGGCCGAUGAUCCUGGCAUUAAGAGGGCUCUCAUAGAUGGGUUCCCCGGAGUGCUGGAAAACCGCGAUCACUACGGCAGGAAGAUCCUUCUGCUGUUUGCAGCCAACUGGGAUCAGAGUAGGAACUCCUUCACAGACAUCCUCCGGGCCAUCCUGCUGUCAUUGGAAGUCCUUAUUGAAGAUCCGGAGCUUCAGAUAAAUGGUUUCAUUUUAAUUAUAGAUUGGAGUAAUUUUUCCUUCAAACAAGCCUCCAAACUGACACCUUCAAUCCUCAAACUGGCCAUUGAGGGGUUACAGGACAGCUUUCCUGCUCGCUUCGGAGGAGUUCAUUUUGUCAACCAGCCCUGGUACAUUCAUGCCCUGUACACGCUCAUCAAGCCAUUCCUUAAAGACAAGACCAGGAAACGGAUUUUCCUCCAUGGAAACAACUUAAACAGCCUUCACCAGCUAAUACACCCUGAAUUUUUGCCCUCUGAAUUUGGAGGAACGCUUCCUCCUUAUGACAUGGGAACGUGGGCCCGGACAUUACUUGGUCCUGACUACAGCGACGAAAAUGACUAUACUCACACUUCCUAUAAUGCAAUGCACGUGAAACACACAUCAUCCAACCUGGAGAGAGAAUGCUCACCCAAGCCGAUGAAGAGAUCUCAGUCUGUGGUAGAAGCUGGGACCCUGAAACAUGAGGAAAAGGGAGAGAAUGAGAACACUCAGCCACUCCUGGCUCUGGACUGAAUUCUGGGUCACCCACACUCCUGCAGAUCGUCGGCCUUCGGUGGCAUCAGCCACCCAGGAAGCACAUGUGCAACUCACCCCCACAGACACGUGCGUUUGGCUUAACACAAGGCCCUCCACUCCUGCCACCCAGUAAUGACUGUCACCAGCCAUUGGUCUGAGCAGCCAAAGUUGAACGAAGACCUGAGAGAUGCUUUUUUUUCAGAGAGGGGAUUGGAGGAUGAAACAAGGCAUUUACGUAAACAAGAUUCCCCCUCUCCCAUAUUUAUGGUAUUAAAUGAAUUGAAAAAACAAAAACCAAAUUUGAUACACACACUGUAUUAGGACAAGGAUUUUUUUUGAGGCACUGCACAGAGACCCUCCCUAGUUUUUGCAAUUUAAGAUUAAGUGCAUUUCCAAGUAGAUACAUCAGAAUUAAACCAUGCAGACCCAAUUGUCAAGUUUAAUGUAGUACAAAGCCGCGAGACAAUAGAAUCUCCAGUAAUUUCCAUUCUUAUUGAAUUAUUUUCUUUGACCUCAUCACCAGCAUUGAAUUGUUCAGCCUAAGAGUAUGUUCUCGUAGGUCUGGCUAUUUGCAGAAUUUUUGCUUACUUUGAAAUCCUGCAAAAAUGAUUUUGAUGUCACAUCUUUUGUCAGGCCACCAGCUGAUUAUCAUGAGCUGACUUUAAAGAAGACACACAAUUUGAAAUAUGAUUAUUUCACUUUAGCAAUGUGACUUCCCACAGGCUGCAUGUGUCUGCAGGGUGUGGGGGGGGUCUCAUUGAAAACAGAUGUCAUUGAUUAAUGAAUCCAUUCAAGUUGCCUCACUUGGGUCACUACAGCAAAGAAAAGUGCUACUAAAGCAUUUAAUCCCCCUGCCCUCCUGCUACCAGUAAAGGUGUGGAAAAAGGGCCUGGCUGUAGCCGAGAAGGUAGGUAUUCAAUCAUGGAGGAAGACCUUUAAGGAUGGCUAAAUAUGCAAGUACUGAAAAUAAGAGAAGACUAGGAAUGCAGGAUGAAAUGCCAAAGAUCAUUUUAUUUCUUUGUCUUUUCUCCUUAGAAAUGGAGUCCCCAACUAUCCAUUCAAAGGAAAUUAGAUAAAAAUAAACAGAUAUCAUAGGAAAUGAUAUCCUUACUUGUGCCAUGUUUCCCCAAACCAGUUGUAUGUUUCCAGAUAUCUCUUAUUCUUCCAGCCACCUGCAUGACAUGGGCAUUCACGGAUGACGAGCUGGUGCUCAAUGUCAAAUAAAAAAUAUUUUAGUUGAUAACGGGCAGUAAAAUACAAUUGCACAUUUUAAGUAUUUGGGAGGGUUAAUUUGUUAGCAAAAGAAUUCAAAGGAAAGAGGUGAUUCAACUGGCCACGUUCACCCUCAACAGAUAUUACUAAUCUUAACCAUUUAUUACAUCUCUUUCUCAAUGGAUCUGGUGUUUUAAAUUUUUUUGCUACUAGUAGAGAAUAAUACAGAAGUAAUUUUUGUAUUCCGCUCUUGAAAUAAAAUUGAAAUCGAAUUAAAAAUAUUUCUCAACCAAUUUCAUCACAGUAUAAGUAAAAUCUAUUCAUUUUGUGUAGACAUUUCAAAUAACAACAUUGAAAUAAUUCUACCAAUGCAGUCACUGAAACACUUUUCUUAUAUAACAUGACAUAGGGAAGAGAGAUGAAGAAUUAAAGUGAAUUAGAAAACCCACUUUAUUACUCGGGUUUAUAAAAUAGUUGUGGGAUCCAAGUAUUUAAAAUGCUAUUGGAGUCAAUUCUUGCCAACACUUUGCAACAGUAAUAACAAUUCUGGCUUUUCAAUUGGCAAUAUUUAGAAUCCUACUGUAGUGACCUGAUUUUAAAUACCAUAUCACAAUUACUAAGUUAAGAGCUAGUUUUCACUCUAGUCCAUGAUUUCAUUAAAUGAAUGUAAGAUGAUGGUUCAACAAUGACAACUUAUACUUUGAAUUUCUUUAUGUGUAUGCAAUAUACAUACAAAAACCAAAUUCAAUAAGUGACAUGAAUGUUACUACAUGAGCAUUGGAUUGUAUUGUCCGUUGUCAGUCAUUUUCUCUGUUCAAUAAAUACUGAAGGACACAAAUACUUUUUUAUUUUUUAAGAGUUUGCUUUUUCUUCUGGACUUUGGUAAUUAAUUUUGAUAUUUUUCCUCACAUGCUUCUUCAUCUAUUUUAGUGAGAUUUUUAACACUGGCAAGACAGAAGGGAACAAGACACAUAUUUUGCAAACUCUUCUACUGGAAGCUAAUGUCUUUAAGGACAAGCAAAAAAGGGCCAUUUCAAUUUUAAAGAACUGUUUUUUAAAUGAGAUAAAGAAAGCAUCCUCCUUUGUCCUUAGAUGGAGAAGAAAGCACAAGUGUUUUUCUACCUGUGAAUGAAAUUUGCUAAUCUGUGUGUCAUUUCUUCAGCAUUUUUGUUCAUAUUGGCUUAAAAUUCAGUGCAUGAAUAUCAUUACAUUCUUAUUGCUAACAUUUCUAGUUACCUUGAUUUAAAAAACA